AUGAAUGACUUGGGUGUGAUUGGCAUGGGUGUCAUGGGCCUGAAUCUGGCCAUGAACGCGGCGGAGAAGGGCUUCAAGGUAGCGGUAUACAACCGGACUACGGCACGGAUGUUGAGUGCUGUAGACGUUGCGAAGAAAGACUCCCUUACUCUUGAUGGCCAUGAGAAGAUGGCAGAUUUUGUGACGUCGUUGAAGGAGCCGCGUAAGGUUUUGUUGUUAGUGAAGGCGGGUGCUGCGGUGGAUGCUACGUUGGGUGAGUUGUUGGAGUUGUUGAAGCCGUCUGAUAUCGUGAUUGAUUGCGGGAAUGAAUUUUACGAGAACACAGACCGUCGUUCAUCAUUGGCAGGACAGAAGGGUAUUGUAUUCUUCGGUAUGGGAGUUAGUGGCGGUGAGAAGGGGGCGCGUUACGGUCCGGCAAUGAUGCCUGGUGGAACGCGUGAGACGUAUGAUCAGUUGGCGCCCAUCUUAACAAAGAUCGCGGCGCAGAGUUCGACUGGACCGUGUGUGGGCUUUAUGGGCAAAGGAUCUGCAGGCAACUACGUGAAGAUGGUACAUAACGGCAUUGAAUAUGGUGAUAUGCAAUUGAUUGCCGAGGCCUAUAGCAUACUUCGUUCCGGACUUUGCCCUGCCAAGGAUCCUGCGGAUGUGUUUGCCGAGUGGAACAAAGGCCGCAUGGCCUCCUAUCUGAUUGAGAUCACAGAAACUGUGCUGCGCACUCCUCACCCAGAUAAUCACCAGAAAAAACUAGUUGACGAUGUGUUAGAUGUAGCAGGCUCCAAGGGCACUGGCAAGUGGACUGUCCAGGAAGCUUGCGAAAAGGGCGUGCCCUGCCCCACUAUUCAAGCCGCUCUCGAUAGUCGCUAUCUUAGCGGCUUCACUGCCCGACCUGCAUUCUUCCAAACAUUCGGCGCCUCCUCACCCGCCGUCGCCGGUAACCUAUCACUCGCCGAAGUCGAGACCGCUCUAUACUUGUCCAAACUCUGCUCAUACGCACAAGGCCUCUCCCUCAUCGAUGCAGCCAGUGAAGUUCAUCAAUAUGGCGUCGAUCUCAAGGAAGUCGCUCGCUGCUGGACAGGCGGCUGCAUCAUACGGGCUGAACUACUCAAAUGGAUCAUGCAAGCAUACGAACAAAAUAAACCUCCGAACAUGCUACUUGCCCCCAGAUUCGCACAAGAAUUCACACCACAAGCCGUGGCAGAUUGGAAGAAGGUCGUCGCUCUUGCCGCCGAACAAGGCAUACCUGUCCCAGCUAUGGCCGCCUCACUCAACUACUACCUUACACUCAGCACCGCCAACCUACCACUCAAUCUCGUGCAAGCCCAACGAGACUUCUUCGGAGCACACACUUUCAAACUGAAAUCUGAUCACGGCAACUCCAUCAAACACGCAGACUGGGAAACUGGCACCUUCACUAUCGCACCCUAA